AUGGAUCCUAUCACUAUCAUUAGCUUGCUUGCCUCGCUCACCAAUCUGAUUCAUGCGAGCAAAUCGGUGAUAGAGGUUAUCAACACCUUUAGAGAUGGCGACAAAGACCUACAGAAGUUGCUUGAAGAUAUAUCUGUUUUCACAGAAGCCUUGAGCGGAUUCGAACGUGUCCUACGGAGUCGGCAAACCAUUCACAGAAUAUCCGGACCGGUCAUGGACAGCAUGCUCCAAAAUUCAUUUAAUACCAUCAAAGAUCUCGAGGAUCGUUUGGAACAAUCACUAAACUCCAAGGUCUCAGCCGUCCGCCGAAUGAAAUGGGUCCAGAAUACGUCCGGGAUCAAAAGGCUACACGACCGGAUAAAGGAGCAGCACUCGAUGCUUCAAACAUUCCUCGCCAUCACUCACGCAGAGACUUUCCUAUCAGUUGCUUGCCAGUACCCGCAAUACAUGUUGCGAGGCUCUGCGGUUGAUAAUACCGCAGCUGUGGACGACAAGGCUACGGCAUCGACCAAUCUACAAGUUCCAGCGACAACGUAUCGAUCGCGGCGAAUUUCAAAUGCUAGCUCAUUAGCCACGAUUGAAAGCCUUGCGGACACGAUGAUUUCAUCCUUCGAUUCGCUAACACUCGUUAGCUCAUCCUCAAGCUCAGGGAGCUCUAACAUCUUCUCGCGCCAGUCGUCCGAGAUUCCCUCGAACACUAGUCAGGAAACUAACGAGGGGCUAUGUCAGGUAAAUACAAGGCCCGAGCUGGGCGAUUCUCAAGAAAUCUUAGUGGUCCGCCAAGCGUGUCGCUACAACUGCUAUUGCAUAUGCCAUACCCAAGAUGUUACCAAGCUUCGCCAAGGCCUUGGGAAACGUGCAAAUGCUAAGGUGCGUUGCAGCGUGCCGGAUUGUCUAUCCAAUGCAACAGUAGAAGAAAAGUACGCCAUCCAGUCGAAGUCCUUCCUCAAAACUCUAAGCAAGGCCAUCUUCUCGAAAAGCAUAAAUGUUCGCCAUGAAUUGAAGACAUAUCGCAUGGUUCCAGAAGGCUCAGAAGCAAUGCGGUAUGUGAAGCACGGGAAUUUAGGGAAGCUAAAAGCUUGCAUCGAGUCCGGCCAGGCAACAAUCUGGGACACUGCCCCAGAUGGAUGGUCAUUGCUCCAUACAGCUGCGUACAAUCGACAACUACCAAUUGUGAAAUACCUCAUUGAGUUAGGUGUUGACACCGAGAGCGGAGAUGUCGGAUCAAGGAAGCCGGCCGAUCUUGCCAUUCUCAAAUCAAUUGGUCAGGACGCAACUCAGGUAGAGCACGAUAUCGUCGAAGUAUUCUCGCAAAAGGAUGGUUUCUUAAGCGAUUUUGAUUUUACUCCCAUCCAUAUCGCUGUUCUCGAACUCUAUUCUGCUUCAGACUCUGAACGCCCUUCUCUUGAGUCGCUUAUUCAGCUAGUCGAUGAUGCCAACAACGCACCCGUAAACACGAGCUGGUCAGAAUGGAAAUUAAGAUAUAAGAAGCGAUCACCUUUGUUCUCUGCCAUAAUUGAAUACUUCCGGGCCUCGGCAUUCGGUCAACCAGAAGGAACCAAAAUCAUCCAUAAUCUCGUUGACCAGAGGGAUAAGAAAUACAGCUGGACACCUCUCCAUUGGGCUUCUGCUGCAGGUCACGUGGAAAAAAUGCGGGUCUUGGUACAGUUUGGAGCAGAUCCGACACUACUGUCAAACUUGGACGCGAACAUACUACAUGCGGCGGCCGAGUCAAAAAUUGGCAGAGGCUUGGCAGGUGCUCUUGAUAUUUGGAGACGUUGCCCGGACCAGCUAAAUAUCAACCAAACUAACAGAUGGGCCGAGACACCAUUACACGUUGCCUCCUGGUGCUCUGCCGCUUGCGUAUCGCUUCUACUGGAGGCUGGGGCCGACACUGAUGCGCAACAAGAGGAUGGCCAGGUUCCUCUUCAUUGCGCUGGACUUUCUGGACGAAGCCUGGACAGGAGAGAUAUCGUCUCACUCUUGUGCAAUUCAAAGAGCAAAAAACACAUCAACAUUCAGGACGCCGACGGUCGGCCUCCGAUAUUCGAUUUCCUCGACGACCAAGAGUGCAUCGAGAUACUUCUCCAGAAUGGAGCUCGUCUAGACUUGACCGACGAGUCUGGCAAAAAUAUCAUCCACCACGCUUGUAUACAAGACGAAAAGGAAUCGCUGAAGCUGUUAUUAUGCGAAGCUGGGGACACCAACAUAGCUACUGCAAACGAUCUCAGCGGCAACAGCCCUCUCAUAGAAGCUUUCUGUAACUCCAGCAUUGAAUGCGCUUUGAUAAUGCUCGAGCUUGAUGACGUAGGAGAUAUCAUCAGCAAAGAUGGUUGGGCAGCUGUUCAUUACGCCGCAAAAAUCGGGGACGAGAGAUUGCUAGAAGCAGUCCUCACGCACUCGAGUUUCAUGAAAGGUAUGAAGACUAUGGACGGGAAAAGGGUUGAUAUGGUGGCCAUGGAGUCUGGUACUUGGACUGGAAAAGUUAAAGAACUGAUACGCAAGUAUGACUAUUUGGGCUAA